AAGCGAUUGCUCCUUCCCUUGUCACAUGGUCUGAUCAACGGGCAGGUAAAUGAGGACAGACAGCAGCCAUCGUUUUUCCCCAUGUCAGUGAAAGGGACAAGCUUUGUCAGUUUCGCCUAGAGAACGAGCAACUCCUCAAACACCUUGGGACCAGAGGUGAUCACUCGAAAGGUGAACACUUUUUUUUUUUCCUUCCCCUGUUUGUUUGAUUCUCUGCUUGUAGUUCUCCGUCGUGAUGGCUUCGCACGAAUCUCUGGUGGUUUUAUCUGGGGCAACAGCUGGUGAAAAUGGGGCUAAACUUGGCUCGGAUGAAAGGGAGCUAGUUCUCUUGGUGUGGCAAGUUGUGGAUCUAGUCAACAAGAAGGUAGGCGACGUCCACCGAAUCUUUGUAAAAGCCGACAACCCCGAACUGAGCGAGCAAUGUAAAGAGGAUUUGCUUCCUUGCGUGGAGGGAAUCGACAAGGCGGAGCCGCUUGACCGAGUUAUUGUACAGUUCAACCAAGCUGUGUCGAACGAGUUGAAAGCACUUGGGAAAAGUUCCUACUGCCUUUGUACCGAUGGCCAAUUACUCGUCCGGCAGGUCCUGCACCCUGAAGCAUCUAAAAAGAACUUGGUGCUAUCGGAUGUGUUCUAUUCAUUUUAUGACCUGCAGAAGGAAUUUGAGAAAUGCUGUCCGGAUGUGGCCGCUACUAAAGAAGUUUCCAUCGGCUCCAUGGCAGAAUACUUGGAAUUGAAUACAGACGAUGAAGCUAAAGAGUUUGGUGCAUCUGAAGUGGCGACCAUGGGAGAAAUUAUUUUGCAUUUAAUUAGCGAGCCUUAUAAUUACAGCUUCAAAAACUUUGAAACCGUCAACUACAAGUUUGAAACUGGUCCCUGUAGCAAAGCUGAAGGAGUGGACGGCGAAACAGUAAUUAGGGCCAGAGGGUUGCCGUGGCAAUCAUCGGACCAAGAUAUAGCACGGUUUUUCAAAGGACUGAAUAUUGCCAAGGGUGGUGUAGCUUUGUGCCUGAACUCUCAAGGAAGGAGGAAUGGAGAAGCUCUGGUCAGAUUCAUCAAUCGAGAACAGAGGGACCUUGCACUGGAGAGACACAAGCAUCAUAUGGGGAGCAGAUACAUUGAGGUAUACAAGGCUACCAGAGAAGAAUUCUUAAAAAUAGCUGGAGGUACUUCGAAUGAAGUGGCACAAUUUUUAUCGAAGGAGAGCCAAGUGAUAAUACGAAUGCGUGGACUGCCUUUCACGGCCACAGUGGAGGAUGUCCUUGGCUUUUUUGGAAAGGAGUGUCCUGUCACCGGCGAAAAGGAGGGGCUCCUCUUUGUGAAGUAUCCCGAUGGGCGACCUACUGGCGAUGCCUUUGUCUUGUUCGCAUGUGAAGAAUUUGCCCAAAAUGCACUUAAAAAACACAAGGAGAUAUUGGGAAAGCGUUAUAUAGAGUUGUUCAGGAGUACUGCUGCAGAAGUACAACAGGUGUUAAACAGAUACAUGUCCGCGCCAUUAAUUUCAACACUCCCAGCUCCAUUAAUCCCAUUGUUACCUCAGCCAUUCAUUGCUACUGGAAGCACCAGGGAUUGUAUCCGUUUACGUGGCCUUCCUUACACGGCAAGCAUUGAGGAUAUUCUGGACUUCAUGGGGGAAUUUACAAUCGACAUAAAGCCACACGGUGUUCACAUGGUAUUGAAUCAACAGGGCCGGCCCUCCGGUGAUGCUUUCAUUCAGAUGAAGUCUCCAGAUCGUGCUUUCUUGGUUGCACAGAAAUGUCACAAGAAGACCAUGAAGGACCGAUACGUGGAGGUGUUUCAGUGUUCUGGAGAUGAAAUGAGCUAUGUUUUAAUGGGUGGCACUUUAAACCGUAGUGGCUUGUCUCCGCCACCAUGUAAGUUACCAUGCCUCUCCCCGCCGACGUACCCCACCUUCUCGCCCGGCACGGCCGUUAUACCAGCGGAAGCAGCACUCUAUCAGCCCCAGGGCUUGUUGGCACCAGCUCGGUCAGCUCAACCCACAUCUCCUGCUGUCGCCUACUACCCAGCUCAAGCCUCAGCCACUCAGCUCUACAUGAAUUACACCACCUACUAUCCAAGCCCCCCAGUGUCGCCGACGACGAUGGGAUACUUUGCGGCUCCACAAGCAGCGAUGGCGGCGGCAGCAGCAUCAUCGGCGACCCACGGCGUGUUGCCACAACCCGGAGCACUUGUUCGCAUGCAGGGUCUGCCUUACAACAUUGCAACUAAAGACAUCCUCAGCUUCUUCCAAGGAUAUCAGUACGCAGCUGAUGACUACACCGGCCUCAUUCAGAUGAACGAACAAGCAAGGAGUAUGUUUCAGGCACCCAAAGAGUGGGUCUGUUUGUAGAUGACCAACUUUACAAAUGUCAAUAAGCUUCAUGCAGAUACGAUCUUGAUUCUGUAUAACUUCAAUGGCCAGCCCAGCGGCGAAGCUUUGGUGACGUUCCCAACCCUUGAGACGGCAACGAGAGCUAUGUCGGAAAAGAACGGACAACUUAUUGGUCAUCACUGCAUAAACCUCAGAUUGGUGUAAGAUCUGCAAUCAAAAUUUUUUUUUUGUUUUUUUUGUUUGUUUUUACUCGUGGAAACGCACAGAGUCCUUACAGGAAAGUGGCCUUGUACAGAACACGGCAAAAUAAAAGGAUACUGAAGUGUGGGACACCCCCUUCCUGCCAAAGGGUUGUGCACUAAUGCAAAAGCCAUAAUGAACUGCAAUAUUCUUCAUCUACCUUUUUAACUACCAACUUACAUUUAUGAUUUUGACUUUAUACUGACAUGGAAGUGACUUGCAAAACUUGACAAUGCUAACUAGUUAAGUUAUAUAUUUUAUUUAAACCUAGUAGCUUCAGAGCCACAUGUAGACUUGCUGUUCUUAAUGUGCAUGCAGUGUUUAUGUUAAACCGUUUGUAUAUUAUGAUACAAAGAUGCUGCUUAUAGGUAAUGCCUCCAAUGCAUGAAAUAGAAUUUUUUUUGUAUAAGCCUAUAAGCAAUAAGGAUGAAUUUUUUUUUACGCUAUGAUGACUAAGUGACAAAUAAUCUGCUGUUGGAGCACUAACACCAUGUUAUCCAUGAUUUUCUUCCCUAUGUGCCUUAACGCAAAGUGCAAUAUCAGCAGAGCAAGAUUUUGAACAGGCCUUCUUGUGAGGUUGAAUGAGUUGUAUGUACUUUAGUUAAUAGAGCAAGUUUGAAACUUGCAAAGUAUAAAUUGUACGCUUUGUAUAGCCAAUAAAGUUUAAAGAUGCAUAAA